AUGGAAGAAAGUUUUCCAAGCCGUAGCGUCACUGACCAUGUAAGCAAAAGCUCAGUACAGCUGCCUGCCAUUCAAAUCAUCGAAAUUGUUUUGUAUUUCACUAUAUCUUUGAUCGGAAUAACAGCAAACAGUAUGGUAUUUUAUUCGUUGCUGGGCCGUCAUUAUCUAAAGGUUGGUGAAUAUCUUAUUCUGAACUUAGCUCUCACUGACCUAGCAACAUGUGUCGUGAGCAUACCCUUUGAUUUGACAGAACGUCUCAUAGGGGGAUUCCCGUUUGGUACGAUCAUGUGUUCCAUUGUGUAUCCCUUGCAAACGGUUCUCAUGGCAGUCUCGGUGAUCACACUUCUUUCCAUGAGUCUGGAACAUCGGCACAUUGUAAUGAAACCCCUUCUUCCACGAAUUCAUCCGAAAAAGGCAAAGAUCGCAAUUUGUGUCUCGUGGAUCGCGCCUAUUUUAUUGAUAAUUCCCCAUGCACUUGUGCUAAGGCUUAAUGGGGAUCAGUGCUUGGAAAGAUGGCCUGAACAUUGGCAUGUUCAAGUUUUCACGCUAACAAACUUUACGAUCUUUUUCGCUAUUCCGAUCGUUGUCAUCGCCACGUCUUACUUCAUGGCGGGGAGAAAGGUGCGAGGGGAACUUUCAAAGCUCAAAGAUAUGCUGGAAGGGAGCAACAGAUUAAAGAGGGACUACAUCAGGAAGCGCACAAUUCAAAAACUUAAAGUUACAAAGAUGUUCAUCAUUGUUGUUGUCGCGUUUUUUGUGUGCAUGUUACCCACACAUUUGGUAUGGAUUUGGCACGAUUUUGCUCAGGGUUCGCAACGAAACGCAUACUUUGAGGGUGUAUUGGCGUUCAGCAAUAUUUUCAUGUACUUAAACAGUGCUUUGAAUCCGUUUAUCUUCAGGAGCGUUCGAGGUAAAUCGUUUUCCCGACUGAUCGCGUGUUGUUGCAGAAUGUUUGAUGUAAACGCAAGCGAGUCAAGGUUAUCCCCGCGCUGUGUUUACACUCAUCGUCAAAUGUCUCAGGUGGAGCGUGGAAGAGCCAUCAGAUUCACAAAACAGACUCCCUCCAAAUCUUCUUACAGAUUUGAAAUGUGUUACGAGACAAGCGUUUAA